GAUGGCCGCGUCUCUCCGUCAUAUGGCUCACUUCCAGAAGGCACUUCUCGUCGCCAGAAGCGCUCCAAGAAUCUCAACAAUCGUUAGAGCCACCUCUACUUUAAACGAUGGAGCCAGCAAAGUUCCAGACCACUCUAUGCACUUUAAGCUUGAACGUCUUUGGGCCGUUGGAAUGCUCCCAAUUCUUCCAGCAUCCUACUUCAUCCACGGACCAGUUAUGGAUGCCGUUCUCACUGUUGCCCUCACUCUCCAUAUUCAUUGGGGAAUCCACGGAGUCGUGUACGAUUACGCUCGUCCAUACGUGAUCGGAGAGGCUGCUGCAAAGGCCGCUCACGUCGGAGUCUACCUCAUCACUGGUCUUCUGCUCGGCGCACUCCUCCACUUCAACACCAACGACGUCGGAAUCACCAAGGCCUUUGAACUAGUCUUCUCCCUCUAAAUCAGUAUUGAGAAGUUGAAAAGCUUUCAUAAUCCGUGUUCCGCCUGUUCAUCUUCCCCGCUUCUCUGUUACUGCGAAAUUUCCCCCGGCCUCAAGAUUUAGUUCCGAGUUCUUUUCUAGUUCGAAUUUUAAUGUAUAUUCUUCCAAAUGAACUGUUCUAACAUC